AUGGAUCCAGCUGCCCCAGCCAGUCAUGGCUGCGAGCCAGCCAGCCAAGAUUAUAUCGCCACUGGCUGCCUGGUCUGCAAAAAGAUUGAUCUGGAGGAUACUAUCCGCCCCUACUCGAAGCUUCUGGACUACCGAUGGUGCCGUUUUGAGACCAUUGACAGUCGCGAUGACCACAACGUCGCCAUCGUCAGGGUCCAUGUCCUCCCAGAUGACUCCUUCAAUAGCCUCGUCCCUCGAGACGACCCCAUACUUCGAGGCAAGAAGAAAACACUUCUUGCAUCCCUGGACUAUUCUUCCUCCUCAUGGAGAGGAUGGCCCAAGCGUGGAGCACCCCUAAGCCUCCCCCGCGGUUCACCCCAGAUCGAGCCUUCUCAAGGCUUUUCUCACCAUGACGGUUCUUUGCUUGCUAUUUUCAACAGCAUCCCAUCACCGAGGCCAGACUUUGCCCUCAUCCAAGACCAUAUUACCAAAGAGGCAAUGACAAACCUUCUAUCUGGCACCGUCAGAGGCUUGAAAACCGAGCUCUACCCCUAUCAAUGUCGCUCGGCCGCAAUGAUGGUCCAAAAGGAGGAGUACCCGGGCGAAAUUAUGGACCCGCGACUUGUGCAGGUCCCAGAUCAACACGGAACGUCUUGGUACUACGAUGCGAAUACAGGCGAGGCUCGCAGAGGGCCCCGUCGUUAUGAUCGCAUAUGCGGUGGGAUCUUGGCUGAGGAAAUGGGAUCGGGGAAGACUUUGAUCUCUCUUGCUCUCAUAGCAGCGACAAGAGAUCAACCAGCUGUCAUCCCAGAGAUCUUUCGCGGUGGUAACCUCAUCGUCCGACCCACGGUUGGAUCUCUGAUGGACAUGGCAGCUUCAGUUGCUACCAAGAGCGGCGUGUCGUGGAAGCGCUACAUCGACUCACGGUACCAGAAUUGCAUCCGAGCUAUCGAAAGGAACCCCGGAUGGUAUCCUUUACCCAGGCCACGGGGCGCAAGAACUUCUCGACGCACUGGGGCUGAAAUCAGUCUUCCACCAACCAGAGUCUUUGUCAGCCACGCAAGUCUGAUAGUUGUGCCUCCCAACCUACUGACGCAGUGGAUGCAAGAGAUCGCCAAGCAUACAAACGGCCUCAUGGUGCUAGAAAUCGCAUCGAAGAAGAAAAAAGGUGCAGUCUCCAACAGCAUACCAUGCAUAGACGAUCUGAUUCAUUGUGAUAUUGCUAUUUGCACUGUUACGCGGUUGGAAACGAUAUGGUCAAACCACAAGCGACUGGAGGCUGAUGGGUCAUACUCGCUGAAUUGUUCUCUUGGCCAGGUUCAGUUCAAGCGUUGCAUUGUGGACGAAGGCCACAAGCUCGGAAAUAUCAGGCUCAGCAGUGUUCGGACGGAUUUACUACAGGCUCUGGAAGCUCUGCACGUCAAUGCUCGGUGGAUCGUGACGGGGACACCAGCCAAGGGACUGUUCGGAAUGCAGAAGAGCAGCGACUCCAAUACCUCACUGGCGAAAUCGUCCACUAAACAGGAGAGCGAAGACCUCAGGCGUAUUGGCUCUAUCGCGACCUUCUAUCUCAAAGCCCGCCCUUGGUCGAACACGACUCAGAGCCACCGCGAUACCCUCGCCGAUUGGAAGACCUACAUGGUCCAGGGCCGCAAAGAUUGCCUUGCCUCCACAUUCAAUUCUUUAAUCAUCCGGCACCAACUCUCAGAGAUCAGUGACAUGUUACCGGCGGUCGAUUCAAAGGUCGUCAAGCUCGAGGGUUCCUACCAGGACAAACUCUGUAUGAAUCUUUUCUCCAUGAUGAUCAUUUUCAAUGCCGUCCAAUCUCAGCGAACGGAUCAAGACUACUUCUUUCAUCCGAGAAAUCGCAAAGCUAUGCUUGAGUUGGUCAAUAACCUGAGGCAAGCAAUCUUCUUCGGUGGCUCGUUCUUUUCGGAGUCUGAGAUCCAGAAGUCUGUGGAGACUGCAGAGAGCUUUUUACAGGAAAAGCCUUUUCCCAUUGAUGAGAUUGACGAGGCUCUCCUAAAGGCUUCAAUUAGUCUCGGAAAGACCGCCGUGGGCAACAGAAUCAAGCGGGCUGCAAAUGUUUUCCAUGAGAUGCCUAUUUAUGUUGACCGAUUUCCAGGCGGUUGUUCCACCGCGUGGUCGGUGGAUGAAGAGACCGGCAAUGGUCCGUUGUGUACCAACUGGAAGCUGGUGAUCGCAGCCCAGAGGACCCUACGCCCAUUCCUGGGUUCGACUGCAGUCUUGAAUACGUACUUGAACAGUGGGUCAUUUUGCACUGAGGGCCUAUCGGCGCGAGGCCGUGCUAUUCAUGACGCCCAGCCGCCGCAGAGCCGAAGUGUAGGCCGGAAUGCCGAGAAAAAUCUAGCAGGCAACACGAAGUUGGGUGAAGGUCACUUCAACCCACGAAGGGCCCACUUGGCAGGCAUCAAGCUAGACGGGAAGGGGAUUCUGACGCCGCCGCAAACACCCCAAGAGGACAUUGAGAUCGCGGAGCCGCUGGCAGUGACCCAGCUCAUAUCGACGGUAUCCGCGAAGUUGUCCUAUCUCAUAGACGAAAUUGCUUCACACCAGAAGGAGGAGCAAAUGAUCGUAUUUUAUGACAACGACAACAUAGCCUGGUACCUUGCCGGCGUAUUGGAGAUGCUCCAGAUAUGUCAUCUCAUCUACUCCAAGGGAAUCUCGGUGGACCGGCGGGCCCGUUACGUUUCCACCUUCACACACAGCAGUAAGUUCCGCGUGCUGCUCAUGGACAUUGCUGAGGCUGCUUUUGGCCUGGAUAUGAAGUCUGCAUCGCGGAUCUACUUCAUUAGCCCCGUGUUGGACCCACAAGUCGAAAUACAAGCCAUUGGGCGCGUGCGGCGGAUCAGCCAGCGGAAGAGGGUCACAGUCGAGACGCUGGUGCUCAAGGAUAGCAUUGAAGAGCUCAUUAUCGAGCGGAAGAUGAAAAUGACGCAAGCGGAGCAUCGACGUUGCAAGACAGUUCUUGAUGACCGCCCAAUUUACAACUGGAUACUCAAUGCGAGGAUUGUCCCCCUACCAGAUGUGAGCAACGACGAUGGACCAGCACAAAUGGCGCCGCUAGCGAUACGACAGUAUGUUUUUGGGCGGGAGUUCGGACGCGAGGUGGCCGAUCCCGACGAGGAUAUACUCUGCGGAGACCCAUCACACACCGCGGCAAGUCUGGACAAGGCGAAGCGCAAGCGACCAGGUAAGGACAAGGAGCCUACUACCGACGAAAGCACGACCAGUUCAAGGGAAUCCGAGGGGGAGCCGCGGAGCCCAAUUCGACCUACCAAGAGGGCCCGCUUCGCCGGUGCAGAAGACGAGGUGCCAGGUGUAUCCGGCCGAAGAGUCAAAGCCGAGGGGCAGUCACAUUCGCGUACCGAGACUGCGCUGGACACGACGAGGACCGCCUUGCCGCAGGCCUCUUGCAGUUCGCAGCGAGCUGGUCGCUAGCAUUUUCACAAAACAUGCAGGUGACAUCCCUAGUGGCUCCCAGCCUCCGCUGCCGGGCCGACCUGACAGACGUGCUCGCGUAAUGAAACCAUAGGAUUCUGCGGUCAAAACGAACGGGGGAGUGAGGAGCCAUGAGACUCGAGCCAUGUUGGAUGGGGUUUAUUUGUGUAUCCAAGAGACGGAGUCCUUGUCAACGACUACCUAGCUACCUAGGCAAGUUCUUAAGUAGUUUGGGAUGGGAGAAUUGAGCCCGUCAACAUGGGCAUCCCGGCCAGCCCACCUUGGUGACAAGCUUUCUGGGCGUCUGCGGGCCAAGGGGCCAAGGCGGCACCCACGCAGCCACCGGUAAAAUCCGAAGAGAAGAAUACACACACACACACAGGUACGCAGCCCCUAACUGCCAGUGAUAGCGAGUCGGCAAUGAGACACGCCC